CACCGCUGUGGCCGUCUGAACAGCCUCUGCACUUCAGCGGGGCCUUUUCUCGCAGAUCCUGCUGGGAUCUCUUUGGGUGCCUUCGCAGACCAGUCAGUGUGCACAGAAUUUUCAGAGGAUUAGUACUACCAUGGCGACUUUAGAAAAUGCAGAAACAGAAGAAACUCUCACUUGUCUCUGCAUGACCUUUUAUCAUCCAAAUCAGGAAGAAAAGCAAGUAUUUCGUGACUUGAACUUUAGCCAGUGCCAGCGAGUGAGAGCAGAUGACGUGAUAAAAUUUGGCAGAGACAGUAAUGUCUGCCACUUUAACUUGAAAGAUGGACGUGUGUCUCGCAUUCAGUUUGCCCUACAGUUCUUCCGAUUAUUCAACAGCUCAGAGUUUGGUUUUGAGAUAAAGAAUUUGAGCAAAAGGGUAAAUCUAACUGUGAACAACGUUGAACUGUCCUACCUAAACAAGGUUGACCUGCCAGAGAACGGCAUUGUUUCUUUUGGAGAUUAUGAGAUCCUAAUGGAAAAACGAGGUGGACAAUCAGAAGAUUACUUUGAAAUUCGUUUUGAAUUGGCCAGUGCUUCAUUGUUGCUGGACAGAGACUUAUCUUUUCAUCAGCCUAUACCUGAAAGUGACAUUUCAUCUCCAACAGAGAUGGAUGAAAAUGAAUGGGAAAAAUCUCACAAAGGCCAGGCAGGCUAAUUUCAGUACUAUAAUAUUCAGCACCUUCUUUUUUGGCCUGUAUUCCAUAGGAAUUGUCAUAAUCCAUCCAUAUUCCAUCCAUACUUGCACUGUGCGUAAAUUAGUAUUAUCCUUUGUAGCUGACCACUUCUUAUGGGAAUGGAUGUUUAAAGGCAUAGAUUGAAAAAGUUAUGAGUUGGAUCCAGCCAUUAAAAAAAAAAUAUGCCUGAUUUCUCUCCAUCCCACAGCUCCCAUCCCACAUGGCCUUUGUGCAAUGAAGAUCCCAUGAUCCUCAGCAUAACUUUUUUGGUAGUCAGUAGCAAU